GCUUAAAUAAACAAUCUCAAACACCGGUCUCUAUUCACUAUUCACCAGCUCUGACACCGGGGUUUUAGGUUUAUGAUGACGAUUGAUGGGUUUUUAAGGCUUACUUGUGCUCUAUCCAAGUGGUGUUACAAAUGGAGACGCAGUCGAUAAGGCUUCGUUUGGUGUUCGAGGAUGGUUCACUUCUUAGCGAAACACAGCGAUCCGACGGUAUGAACCAGAGUUGGCUUCUAGUCGAACCAAACCAACAUCAGAAAAUCUCCGACGUCUGCAAUCAUCUUCUUCACAAUUUCAACCUUCAUGCUUCGUGCCCUAAUGGCAUCCUCCUCUACAUGGAUGGCUUUGUAUUACCACCAUCUGAGUCAACUCGAAUCCUGAAGGACAAGGAAAUUCUUUGUGUAAAAAGGAAAGAGAUGGGUUUGGCUGAAGCAAUAGAGGGGGUAGAUGCAGGUAAUUUGGUUGACUAUGUGGAAGUCAACAGAAAGGAACCUGUAAAUAAUGCCAUGCUUCUUCUACCAAAUGAAGAGGAAAAGUUGGAAGAUGAAUCUUCAUCUGUAGAAACUGUUUCCAAGAAAAGAAAACUUCAGAGUUCAAAGGUGAGUGGCAUUGAAGGUGAAGUUGUGAGAUUACUUAACCAAAUGGAUUCAUCAUCUUCUUCAUCAAGUUCAGAAUUUGCAUAUUCUUCAUAUUGGCAUUUAUCUUCAUCAUCAAGUUCGGAGGAUGAGUCAUCAUCUAAUACAUAUGUGCAUAAUAGUCACGUUUUGUCAACAAUUGCUCAAGCUACAUUCCUUCUUUUUCAUGAUACUGCAAGUUCAAGCGAGCCAAUAAAUACCACAACAAUAGAUCGUGAAGCUUCACAUGAUCGACUCGUGCAAGAUUAUUUCGGUGAGAAUCCUGUAUAUGGUGAUGAGAUGUUCAAAAAAGGAUUCCGAAUGCGAAGGGAAUUAUUCCUACGAAUAGUUGAUGAUAUGGAGAGAGAAUUUCCAUAUUUUAGAUUAUCAUGGGAUGCUAGAGGCAAAAGGGGUUUUAGUCCGUUACAAAAAUGCAUAUCUGCGAUAUGUCAACUAGCAUACGGGACAAUUCCUAACGAAUAUAAUGAGUACUUGUGUUUGUCUGAAAGAACUUCACGUGAAAGUUUGCAAAACUUUUGUACAAGUAUUAUUCAAUUGUAUGGACAAGAAUAUUUGCGUAAACCGAGUGUUAGUGACAUACAACUUUUGUAUGCGGCACAUGAAUCAAAAUAUGGAUUUCCUGGAAUGCUAGGCAGUAUUGGUUAUACACAUUGGACUUGGAGGAAUUGUCCAACAGUAUGGCGAGGACAAUACAUGAGAGGUGAACUCGAGUUCCCGACGAUUAUGCUCGAAGCAGUAGUCUCGCAAGAUUUAUGGAUUUGGCAUGUAUUCUUUGAUGUUGCUGGCUCCAACAACGACAUCAAUGUUCUCAAUCAAUGGCCAUUAUUCAAUGAAGAAUUAAAUGGAACCGCAUCCACGUGUCCUUUCCAAGUUAACAAAGUAAAAUACAAACAUGGUUAUUAUCUUGCUGAUGAGAUUUACCCCAAUUGGGCUACUUUUGUGAAAGCAUUUACCUAUCUAAGUUAACAAAGUAAAAUACAAACAUGGUUAUUAUCUUGCUGAUGAGAUUUACCCCAAUUGGGCUACUUUUGUGAAAGCAUUUACCUAUCUAGACGAUGAUAAACGAAAAAAGUUCAAUGCAACACAUGAAUCAGCAAGAAAGGACUUGGAACAAAUUUUUGGUGUCCUUAAAAGUAGUUGGCGUGUAUUUCGAAACCUUGCACGAGCAAUGGAUCCUAGAAAAAUUAAAAAUACAAUGUAUGCUUGCAUUAUAUUACACAAUAUGAUUUUAAAAGAUGAAGGUCUAGCAAUAUGUCCGUUUUUAAAAAAUGAUCGUCCAACUGAUCAAAAAGGUCUAGAAAUAAAUCAAGAUGCUAUUGAGGAAUUGCGUUGUCAAGAAACUCACAACAAUCUUCGAUUAGAUCUUGUGGAACAUAUUGUAAAUACUUAUGUACCCAACCUAGACUACUAGUUGUAUCUUUAUAGUAUG